AGCGAACACGGAACACGUGAGCAGAGAUUCCUUGUAGGAGGGCGGUUCUGUUGUUUACUUCCUUUUUUCUCUUCAACAAUGUCUAAAGUUAAUCAUCUGAGAGAGUUUAUCGGUCAGCGACUAACAGCAGCUGCUGUAGAAAUAUUCUCAGUGUUUGAAAAAACCAUCUUGGAGUAUGAAGAAGAGCUGGACCGUCAGCGCAGACUGGUGGACCUCGCCUGGAAACCUGAAAUAAGACUACACAGAAUCGACCUCCCACAAGAAAAUGUUUGUAAGGUGGAGGAGGACGGGGUUUUCAGUGACCAGCACCUCGAUAACCUGGAGAGGAGCUGCAGCCCGGACCAGGAGGAACCAGGGAAUCCACAGACUAUAAAACUGGAGGAAGACGCCAGCGGUCAGGAGAUGAAGCAGGAGGACGUAGAGGUGGAUGUCUCAUUGGUCAAUCUCGCUGAUGUGAACGUUGAAAAUGGUGAACCAGGACCUAACUUUGGCCAGCUGCUGUUGCAUACUUCUCCUGAAGCUCAAAACAAAGAUGAGGAAGGAACUGAAAGUUUACGCUCAGACUCCAGUAAAACUGCAGAUCUGGAGCCAAUGAGACGACACAGUGACCUCGAAGACACUGCUGUCCCGUCAGACAGCAACUGUAAAUCAAACCUGACCAGCACACACACGGGGAAGAUGGUAUUUUCUUGCAGCACUUGCAGGAAAGAGUUCAGUAAAAGUAGCAUUUUAAUGGAUCACAUGAAGAUCCACUCUGGCAAAAGGCCGUACCUGUGCAACACCUGUGGAAAAUGGUUUAGAAAAUCAUCAACGCUCAAGAAACAUAAAAGGAUCCACACGGGCGAGAAGCCCUAUGUCUGCAUAACAUGUGGAAAAAGUUACAUGCAACAUUCCAGCCUGCUGAUUCACUCAGAGACCCACACGGGUGAAAGGCCGUACCUGUGCAACACCUGCGGCAACGUCUUUACUCAUUUAUCACAUCUUAAAACCCACAUAAUCAUGCAAACGGGCGAGAAGCCCUACAUCUGCAAAACAUGCGGAAAAGGUUUCAGGCAACGUUGCGGCCUGGUGAUUCACUCAAGGACCCACACGAGCCUAAUCCCCUCCCCACAAGGGUUGCAGGUUUAACCCGGAUUUAUGCUUCAUCAACUUGACGCAGAGGGAACGAUGUGAUUGUGUAAUUUUAUUAUAGUUCUGCAUUGAGUUUGUUUGAAUCCCUGCUCCUUCUUAAAAUCAUAUUAUUUGUUGCUGUUGGUAACCUGCCGUCUCCACGGUGCAAAUAAAGAGCUGUUAGUAUGU